UUGGAAUGAUUCAAAAAAAGUAACUCAAGACUUGAUUUGGAUAUGCAUUCAGAUUGUGUAUCCUUAUUUAAAUUAUUGAGAAUUCUCAUUUGAUUGUUCUAUUUCUUCUUCACAUAGUAUGUCGUUUAUUUAUUAUAAUUGUGUAGCAUUAUUCCGGUUAUCGGGGCCCUAAAAGUGAUCCAGGAAAUACACAAGUCAAUUGUGUAAAGUUGAUUUUAAAAUAGACACAAAAAAAACAAUGAGCUUUUUUCUCCACAUUGUGUUGAACUUUGCUUUCACGUGGAUAACUGCCGUCAUGUGAUUUCGUAGCGUCAACAAAACCACGUGACCAGCGAUGAGGAAGUCCACUCGGAGGGGAAGGAUCCCCGGAGCUUCUUCUUCUGCUCCUGCCGCGGCGCGAGGCUCUGACAUGACUCACGCGCAGACUCUGCUGGUUCUGACCCUGCUGCUGGUUCUGCCGGGGCCCGCUCACCUCGCUCACCUCGCUCACGAUGGACGGCAGCAGUGGCCCGUUCCCUACAGACGCUUCGACCGUCGCCCCCCCGCGGACCCUUACUGUGAAGCCCUCUACCCGUUCUGCCCCACCGGAGACCGGGACGGGCGGAUUCCCGACAUGAGAGACAGUGACGUCAUCUCCGUCUACCGGCUGCAAGCACCCGUGUGGGAGUUCAAGUACGGAGACGUGAUGGGGAAAGCUCACAUCAUGCACGACGCCGUUGGCUUCAGCAGUUUGGAAUCGGGCGCCAACUUCACGGCGGAGUGGUACGAGCUGUUCCAGCUGGGCAACUGCACCUUCCCGCACGUCCGGCCCGAGGUGCGCGCGCCGUCCUGGUGCAACCAGGGAGCCGCCUGCUUCUACCAGGGCAUCGACGACGCCCACUGGGCACAGAACGGCACCUUGGAGAAGAUCGGAGAGCUCACCGGGAGCCAGUUCAACGCCGCGGCCCGGUGGCUCCAGGACGACAACGCCACCGGCAUCUACUACGAGACGUGGACCGUCCGCUCCGGCCGCGGCCCCAACGCCACCGUGUGGUUCGAGUCUUACGACUGCUCCCAGUUCGUCCACCGCACGUACCGGAAGCUGACGGAGCUGGGCUCCAAACUGUCCAGCAGGUCCCAGACCAACUACACCAAGAUCUACCUGUACAGCGGGGAGCCCGCCUACCUGGGCAACGACAGCGCCGUCUUCGGGCAGCCGGCCCUGGAGAACGUGGCCGCGGACAUCCGCGAGUUCUACGGCGCCUUCCGGCCGCACCAGUCGCCGGCCGAGCUGGCCGCCAGCCUGCUGCGGGUUUACGAGAAGGUGGUGCUGGAGAAGAGCUUCUACCUCUACUACAACUUUGAGUACUGGCGCCUGCCCAUGAAGCCGCCCUACCUGCACGUCUCCUACGAGGAGCUGCCGCUGCCGUGACGCCGCGGUUCCAUUCGCCUUCAACGCUUUUUAAUCUUUUUCUAUAACGCGACUCUCCAGAAGCCCAAAAACAUGUUCACUCUGAGAACGGCAAACGUCUUCAUGUUGAAGAUUUUGGAAAAAGGUUGUUGAUCAAAGUACCCGAGAAUCAGAACUUUUACAGAGAUAUUUAGUUUUGAUAUGUUGAAGUGUUGACUUGCAUUCAGCUUGCAGUCUUCAUCUUCGCCUUCAUCUUCUUCUUCUUUGCCAUCUUCUAACUUUUUUCCCUCUUUCUUCUUCGCUUUCUUUUUCUUCGCCUUCUUCUUUUUGUCCUCCUCCUUCUUGUCCUUCUACUUUUCUUCCUCCUCCUCCUUGUUCUUAUUCUUCCCGCCUCUUGUUGGUGCAUUUUGAGUGCUCAAAAAAAACACGGGACGUUUGAAUAUCUAGAAUCACAUGACAAUCAUGCAAACUGAAUCAAAUGUUCAAAACGGCAAUGAAAUAUUACUUAUGGUGAGAUUAUUAUUCAGGAUUUAUAUUUGUCUGUAUUGUUUUCUAAAUUGAUCAAAGUAGGAGAUAUGUACAAUGUCUUUCUAUGUGUGAGAUGGACCACCUCCGGCCAUCAGAGGAUACAAGUCUACUACAGUGUAUAUAUUUUUUCUCUUUUUACUUUCCCCCAAUAAUUUCCCAUUUCAUGGCGUCUACUCGUGCAUUUAAUUAAACUAAUCACAACAACUGCAGUGUUUGGAAGAUAAAUAAUAAAAGAAACAUGCAACAAAGAGAA